AUGCAUGACCCUCCAGGAACCAUCCCGCCGGAAGCUGCCCGCCUCCACCCUCGCCGCAUCCCAGCCCACAGGUCGGUUUCGCUUCGACAUAGUCCUCCUGCCUCGCGCGUGGAUAACAAAGUCGCGGUCGAACGCCAGGCGACAGCUCUCAGUUCGCCGAAUGCUGCCAGCGACAAGGCCAAUCCGCCCAGUGUCUCGCCUCACCUCCAGUCGAACAAAUACAGCUCUGGAGAGAGCAGUGACGCCGGCCGAUGGUUCGAGAUUACCAACAACAACGCCCGCCAAAGCGGCGCAUCUGCUGUUGACAACGAUCCGCCGUUCUUCCUUCGCAACUCGUCUUCCUCCGAGACUCCUCCGGAAGGCCUUUCGGCCAACUCUGCCCACUAUCCUCGGGUCCACCCGAAUAUGCCAUAUCGACCCACGGCGCAAAUCGGCAACGAUGGUAGCAGCACCGAGGACUUCCGGAGUGUCAUCGACGACCUGACCAUUGCGAACAAGAAGCUGAAACAGAAGCUGAAGAAGUACGAGCAGUCACAUGAUGCCCGUCUCGAAGAAGAUAAGCUUUUCGAAGUGCGGUUCCACGGUCUUCCUGAUCACAAGAAGAAGGAGCUGGAGGAGACUCUUCGCAAGUUCGCAGCUGGACUUGACGAUGCUAUGUCCGACUACCCACCCAUCACACAAUAUCCCCCCACAUUCGAUCAGCAGAAGACCCAGUCGUCGACUUCACACUUCAAUGAGUCUGGCUAUGCCUCAAUGUCAGCAUCUGGCCAGAAUUCCUCAGCUGUUUCGAAUCAAGCUUCCAAUCAAGCCAACGACAGCCAUAAGAUGAGUCGUUCGGCGUACAAGCAGCAGCAGCAAAGUAUUCAGUCCUACCUGCACGAUGUUCACGGGAGCUUGCUACCUCAGAACAAUGUUCCCAUGACUGAUAAAUCGAAGAAGAAAAUGGUGGUGCGUCGCCUCGAACAGAUAUUUGCCGGCAAGGUAUCAGUACCAGGGAGUCACCCGCAGCCGAUGCAACAGGAGGAGGUUGCCCAGUCAGCAGCUACUGCCGAUCGCGAAGAGAGAGAGGCUACUGGUCGAACCUUUAAGCCUGAAGGCCUUCGUGUGGCUCGCAUCUUAUCAGGAGGUCGAGACACUUCCACACCAGACUCACGUGAGACCUUGGAGGGAUUACAAUCGAAUGUGAAUAUCGGCGAACAAGAUUACAUGGAGACAGGAGAUAAACCCGAAGAAGGACAUGGUUGGCUGUACCUCAACUUGCUUAUCAACAUGGCUCAACUGCAUACCCUCAACGUUACCCCCGAAUUCGUCAAGGACGCUUUGAAUGAUUACAGCGGUCACCUCGAGCUCAGCAGUGACGGACGAAAGAUACGAUGGAAAGGAGGUCUCGAUAUGACCAAGGGUAUCAGCGACAGCUCAUCGGAAAAUCUGAGCGGCGGCUCCCCUGCGGAAGGCGGGUCGCCCAUCAAGCGCCAACGGACCGACGACAGCAGAGAAAAUGAUGAAGACGCUGGGUCGAGAGCAAGGAAAAUAGCUCGAGCAACUCGGGAGCGUGAGCUGGAGAAAUUCGCUUACAAACCCAUGUUCUUCAAAAGGGUUGAGUCCGAGGACGAUGACGACAGUUAUGGGUACGACAUUGAGUCGUCUGGUGCUUCGAUGCAGCGACCACAUCAUGCAGGGGAUUCUUCAGGAUUUGGUAGCUCCGCCAUGCAGAGUCAUUCAUCAACCAAAAAUCGGCGGGAAGAUGGACCCCUCAUAUUCUAUACUAAGGCCAAGUUCUGUACCGAUCUCAGCGGCGACCGCUUAGGUACUUCUCUUAUGCCUGGAUCCUACCAGCCCGUGACAAGCCAGCCUCUUGGAGUAACAUCGCAAGAUGCCGUCGGCGUUCAACAUCGAUCUGGUCUCACCGAGCCCCGAGGGCCAAUGGACGUCUCGCCUAUGGAGCUGGACUCCAACGCGACGGUUUCCAGCGAGGAAUAUUUCGGCUUUUCACCCGCAUUCCUGAGGAAUGAUACCAGCGGCAGUGGCAGCCCCGCCGAGUUGAUGGACUUUGAAGCUUCCGGGCUAGGUGGCGUGCGACCGGAGGACAACUUUGCCAUCCGCGUGCGACGGUCGCAGACCCAAACGGUACCAAUUGCUUUGACCGGCCGUCGCCGCUCGAACGUGUACUCAAAGAGAAUACUUCGUGCCUUGGGCAAAGAAUCGUCUGCGGACACAUCGUCUACUUCGCCCACCAGCCCGCAGCGUGUCAUUAAAAGCGACAUCAUCUCCGCGUCGCGAAAGACGCUGCCUAAUUCAGAACUUCCGCCUGCGUCGUACCUGCCCUUCGAUUCAACAUCCUCUGGCGACGUUGACUCUGACUCCGAUUCUGGCUCUGAUGCAGAUGAAUCAUCCGAAGCCGACUCGGAAUCGGGCGAAGGUCCCGCCACCGCCAUGCAAAUGAUGAACAUGUCCACCAGCCACCACGACAGCGGCGAUUCCGGCUCCGAAGCAUCACAGUACUCCGAAGACACCGACGACGAUGGCAGCGUGGACUUUCUCGCCACCGCGCGCCAACUCGACCCCAACACCAUCCUGAACCAGGAGCGCGAAUACGACGCCGCGGUCGCUGAUCGCCUCGCUGAGGAAAUCGUCGCGGGCAGCUCGGCGGCCACGGCUGGUGGAGGCAGUGGGUUCAACACGCCCGCAGCGGGCUUGCGUCGCGAGGACAGUGCGAGGAAGCAGCGGGCUAGUACAAGUGGAAGUCUGUCGUCGCGCUCCAAGCUCAAGAGGUCGAGGACAAGCGACGGCAGAGUAGUGAAGUCCAAGAAUCAGAAGACUUCUGACUAGAGCCUUUUUUUGGCUUCUUGGUAUAUAUGUUUUUCGAUAUACAUUUUGGUCGGAUUGGGGAAACUGCUUUUAGGUGGAUUUUCCCUCUUCACCUUGGCUUAGAUUGCAUUGUUUUGGCGUCAGAGUUUGGAUGGAAACUUGAUACCCCACGCGAUGCUUUUCGCGUCUUGCAAUGUACAGACUUUGGCUUUGAAUACAAACUAUAUUGCCACACUACA